GACUCCAGAGAAUUGUGUGCACUACACUACACCGAGCUGGCUAGCAGGCAACGCAGCGCUAGUAUUGUCCUUUCCGAGGAACAGUAUGGCGGCAGCUGUGCUGAGGAGCUGGGGGAGAGUUGUUCUGAAAAUAGGACCGAGAGGAGCCGCUUGUCUUACGCCUAGUUGCUCAGGAGGGGUCAGGCAGAAGUCUACCGUGCAGUUUGCGACGCGCCCGGACCUGCCAAAGCUAGCGUAUCGGAAAGUGAAGGGAAAGGGCCCCGGCGUGGUCUUCCUCCCCGGCUACGCCUCCAACAUGGGUGGGCAGAAAGCCGAGGCACUGGAGGACUUCUGCAAGUCUUUAGGCCACUCAUACCUGAGAUUUGAUUACACAGGCUGCGGGGCGUCGGAAGGGGUUUUGACAGAAGGCACUGUCGGUAGCUGGAAGAGAGAUGUUCUGUUUGUGUUGGAUGAACUUGUAGAUGGUCCACAGAUCCUGGUUGGCUCGAGUAUGGGUGGCUGGCUCAUGCUCCUGGCAGCCAUUGCCCGUCCAGAGAAGAUUGCAGCCCUGAUUGGCAUCUCCACUGCCGCUGAUCAUUUCGUUACAGCCUUCAAGUCGCUUCCUUUAGAGGUGAGGAAGGAGUUCGAGGAGAAAGGCGAGUGGAGCAUCCCCACCAAACACAACGAGGAAGGCUGCUACAAGCUGAGCAUGGACUUCCUGCAGGAGGCGGAGAACCACUGCGUCCUGCAGUGCCCCAUCCCGGUGACCUGCCCGGUGCGCCUGAUCCACGGGCUGCAGGACCAGGACACGCCCUGGCACAUCUCCAUGCAGGUGGCCGAGCGCGUGCUGAGCACGGACGUGGACGUGAUCCUGCGCAAGCACGGGCAGCACCGCAUGACCGAGAAGGACGACAUCAAGCUCAUCGUCUACACCAUCGACGACCUCAUAGACAAACUCACCACCUUGGUGUGAGGGACCACGCCGCCCCUCCCUCGGGCCGGGUUUGGGCCCCCGUCGACCGCCGGCGCGGGGACAGAGGAGCGGGACGAGGCUGUGGACUGAGGAGAGAAGCUUGUCUGUGAUGCGCGCCUUAUGAGUGGAUUUUAAUAGUUUUUUUUUUUUUGUUUUGUUUUUUUCCUUUUUAUUCAGUGUUGUCUUUGUAAGAACUUACGGUAAUGCUGCUAUUUUCGGUCGACAGAGUUACACCUCCACACAGGUGGUCUGUUCUACUCACACGCCAGGUUGCAUAAUUCUCUGCCUGUGCCUUUUUUUUUUAUUUUUUUUUUUAACACUUUUCGCACUCUUUCCCAUUGUUAAUUCACCUAAUAAACCAUAUGUUUCCCAGAGCUUGGGUGUCUCAUGAAGUGUUCUCAUAGCAGCCCUCUGCAGCGCAGGUUUCUUAGGGAUCUUGGAGGGAGCGGCCCGCUGCAGUGAAACGUUCUCAUUCGCGGCUCACAGCUGCUCUCAAAUAGUUUGUCACCAAAGUGAGAGAGGCGUCAUUACAGCUCCAGAGAAGCCUUCACACAGCUCGAUGAAGCAUUCUCACAGCUGAUUCUCACUUCUGUAAGGUUGUUUUCUCAAUCUUCCCUCCCAUGUAGCAGCUCUGUUGUUAAGCUUUUACACUUUUGCUUAAAGCAGUGGACUGCAAUGAUGCGUCUCACAGCAACUCUAAUGAAGCAUUCUAAUGGCUGAUUUCUAUAAUGAAGCAUUCUAAAGGCUUGUCUCUGUGAAGAAGCAUUUUUGCCGCUUAUCUGUAAAGAAGCGUUCUCAACGAAACUGUGAUGGCACCUUCUACUGUAACAGCAGCUGUGUAAGGAACUGUUCUUACAGCUGCUCUUUGUAUUGCCUCUACAUAUGUAUAGAAGCAUGCUCUUGGCUGCUUUUUGUAGUGAAGCAAUGUCACAUUCAACCUGAUAGGAUGCCUGGGUGCAGUGGGAAGAGUUUUUAGAAUGUGUUGUUACUCUAGCUUUGAUUGCAUGCAAGCAUGGAUUGUCACAAAUAUAGGCUGCCUUAGAAAGUGUUGUCAUGGUAGUAUCUCUGAGAGGAAACAUUGUAACAGCAGUUAUCAUUGUUGGAAAGCCUUGUUGCAGUAGCUGUGUUUUAGGGAACGUUGUAACCGCAGGAAUCAUUGUUAUGAAGCCUUGUUGCAGAAGCUGUGUUUUAGGAACGUUUGUGAACACAGUAAGCAUUGUUUAAAAAACAUACAGUACUUUUCCCUGAUUUUAUUUUAUUUGCCCCAAAUGUUCAGUCUCAUUUGUUAGCAUGUCCCAUCGCUGCAGCCUUUUUGACUUUGGGAGAAGGCAGACGAGUGCGUUUCCUCAAGUGCUGCCAUUCACCUGCCCUAAUGCCUCUGCCCCCCAGCUGAGCUGAGCAUCGGUCGCGUUGGAGGAGUGCUCCUGGACGGACCGCAGGGUGGGGGAAACCCUGCAGACGCUCUCUCUCCGGUGACGCAGAUCAGACAUUUUGUGCCACGCCUCACUACUCUCCUGGCCACAGCUGACACUGCCAAGAGCAGGAUUUCAAGACCAUCUCCACUUCCCCACCAGAGUAUUUAUAUAAAAUUGGAUUGAGAAAAUAUGCAUUAUAGAAACGUGUUCAAACUAAUUCUGUUAUGCACAUUACUCAUUUAGCAAGCUGGUGUAGAGGUGUACCUAAUAAAGUGGUCUGAGUAUAUUUGUAUUAUAA